CCCCGGUGCCCCGGAGCUGCCCGCCGCACACACCCCCGGUGCCCCGGAGCUGCCCGUGCCCGGAGCCGCCCCGGCUCCCUCGUGCUCCCGGAGGGGCGGCAGCGGCUGCGGGCUCCGGGGAGGGCUCGCCGUCUCACGCGGCCGUGCCCGCAGGCAGGGAGCGGACCGGGAUUCUCCGCCAGGGCUCUUCGCCUGCGGUACAGGGUACACGUGCCGCGGCGGGGCCGCUUCGGGGCGCUGCUAAAGGACCUUGCCAGUGGAACGAAACCCGUGUUAAAUUAUAGACUCCUCUGCUUCGUUGGAAAGGAGCUGGGACACUGAGUUGUAAGGCCCAAGUGAAGGAAUUACUUCUGCUGAUGAAUAGUCUUUUCCAAAGAAAACAGUUUUGGUCGGAAGGAUGUAGUUGAAUAUUUACUUCAAAGUGGUGCCAAUGUCCACGCACGAGAUGAUGGAGGCCUUAUUCCUCUUCACAACGCCUGCUCCUUUGGCCAUGCUGAAGUUGUCAAUCUGCUCCUGCGGCACGGCGCGGAUCCUAAUGCUCGAGAUAAUUGGAAUUACACUCCCCUUCAUGAGGCUGCCAUUAAGGGGAAGACAGAUGUCUGCAUUGUACUGUUGCAGCACGGUGCUGAACCAACCAUCCGGAACACAGAUGGAAGAACAGCUUUGGAUUUAGCAGACCCGUCUGCAAAAGCAGUGCUGACUGGUGAAUACAAGAAAGAUGAACUCUUAGAAAGUGCCAGGAGUGGAAAUGAGGAGAAGAUGAUGUCUCUUCUUACACCAUUAAAUGUUAACUGUCAUGCAAGUGAUGGCAGAAAGUCUACUCCAUUACAUUUAGCAGCUGGGUAUAACCGUGUAAAAAUAGUGCAGCUCUUACUGCAGCAUGGAGCUGAUGUACACGCUAAGGAUAAAGGAGAUCUGGUGCCACUUCACAAUGCCUGUUCCUAUGGUCAUUAUGAAGUAACAGAGCUUCUAGUAAAGCAUGGAGCAUGUGUGAAUGCAAUGGAUCUGUGGCAAUUCACCCCUCUGCAUGAAGCAGCUUCUAAGAACAGGGUGGAAGUAUGUUCUCUUUUGUUAAGUUAUGGUGCUGACCCAACACUUUUGAACUGUCACAACAAAAGCACCAUUGAUUUGGCUCCAACGCCCCAAUUAAAAGAACGAUUAGCAUAUGAAUUCAAAGGUCACUCACUGCUGCAGGCUGCAAGAGAAUCAGAUGUAGCUCGUAUAAAGAAACAUCUUUCUUUGGAAACAGUGAACUUCAAGCAUCCUCAGACACAUGAGACAGCAUUGCACUGUGCUGCUGCAUCUCCAUAUCCUAAGAGGAAACAAGUAUGUGAAUUGCUGCUGAGGAAAGGAGCCAAUAUCAAUGAAAAAACAAAAGACUUCUUGACUCCUCUUCACGUGGCAUCAGAAAAAGCUCAUAAUGAUGUUGUUGAAGUGGUUGUGAAACAUGAAGCUAAGGUUAAUGCAUUAGAUAAUCUUGGCCAGACCUCUCUUCACAGAGCAGCACAUUGUGGUCAUCUUCAGACAUGCAGGUUGCUGCUGAGUUCUGGAUGUGAUCCUUCCAUCGUGUCUCUGCAGGGCUUUACAGCCUUACAAAUGGGGACUGAAAGUGUGCAACAGCUACUUCAAGAAGGUAUCCCAUUAGGUAAUUCUGAUGCAGAUCGACAGUUGCUGGAGGCUGCAAAGGCUGGAGAUGUGGAUACCGUAAAAAAGCUAUGUACAGUCCAGAGUGUGAACUGCAGAGAUAUCGAAGGACGUCAGUCUACACCACUUCAUUUUGCAGCUGGAUACAACAGAGUAUCUGUUGUGGAGUAUCUUCUUCAGCAUGGAGCUGAUGUACAUGCAAAAGAUAAGGGAGGACUUGUCCCUUUACAUAACGCCUGCUCAUACGGUCACUAUGAAGUUGCAGAGCUGUUGGUUAAACAUGGUGCCGUUGUCAAUGUAGCUGACUUGUGGAAAUUCACUCCCUUGCAUGAAGCAGCAGCAAAAGGAAAAUACGAGAUUUGCAAACUCCUAUUACAGCAUGGAGCUGACCCUACAAAGAAAAACAGGGAUGGAAAUACUCCUCUAGACCUUGUUAAAGAUGGUGAUACUGAUAUUCAAGACCUGCUUAGAGGAGAUGCAGCUCUCCUAGAUGCUGCAAAGAAAGGUUGUUUGGCCCGAGUAAAAAAGCUUUGUUCACCUGACAAUGUCAACUGUCGGGACACACAAGGACGUCAUUCUACACCACUACAUUUAGCAGCUGGUUACAAUAAUUUGGAGGUCGCAGAAUACCUGUUGCAGCAUGGAGCAGAUGUGAAUGCACAGGAUAAAGGAGGCUUGAUUCCUCUGCACAAUGCAGCAUCUUAUGGGCAUGUUGAUGUAGCAGCUUUACUUAUAAAAUAUAAUGCAUGUGUGAAUGCUACAGACAAAUGGGCUUUCACACCACUGCAUGAAGCAGCCCAGAAAGGAAGGACUCAGCUUUGUGCCUUGUUACUGGCACAUGGGGCUGAUCCUACUCUGAAAAACCAAGAAGGACAAACACCAUUGGACCUGGUCACUGCCGAUGAUGUCAGUGCGUUACUGACUGCAGCAAUGCCUCCUUCUGCCUUACCGACUUGCUACAAGCCUCAGGUUAUAAGUGUGUCUCAGACUACAGGUUCUGCAGCUGAUUCCCUCUCUUCUGUUCCAUCCAGUCCAUCCAGUCUGUCUGCUGCAAGUAGUCUUGACAACUUGUCUGGUAGUUUUUCUGAACUUCCCUCUGUUGUUGGUACAAACUGUGCAGAGGGAGCUACUGUUCUGGAGAAAAAAGAAGUUUCAGGUGUAGAUUUUAGCAUUAAUCAGUUUGUGCGGAACCUUGGCCUUGAACAUCUAAUUGACAUAUUUGAGAGAGAACAGAUAACAUUGGAUGUAUUGGUUGAAAUGGGACACAAAGAAUUGAAGGAAAUUGGCAUUAAUGCUUAUGGGCACAGGCAUAAAAUCAUCAAAGGAGUUGAAAGACUUAUUUCUGGACAACAAGGACUUAACCCAUAUCUGACUCUAAAUACUUCUGCUAGCGGAACUAUUCUCAUAGACCUUUCCACUGAAGACAAGGAAUUUCAGUCUGUAGAAGAAGAGAUGCAGAGUACUGUCCGAGAGCACAGAGAUGGAGGACAUGCUGGUGGAGUCUUCAAUAGAUACAACAUCUUAAAGAUUCAGAAAGUGUGCAACAAAAAACUAUGGGAAAGAUACACACACAGACGGAAAGAGGUCUCUGAAGAGAAUCAUAACCAUGCCAAUGAAAGGAUGCUGUUUCAUGGAUCCCCAUUUGUGAAUGCAAUCAUUCACAAAGGCUUUGACGAGAGACAUGCCUAUAUAGGCGGCAUGUUUGGAGCUGGGAUUUAUUUUGCUGAAAAUUCUUCCAAAAGCAAUCAAUAUGUGUAUGGAAUUGGAGGUGGCACUGGAUGUCCAGUUCACAAAGAUAGAUCUUGCUAUGUUUGCCACAGGCAGUUGCUCUUCUGUCGUGUAACACUGGGCAAGUCCUUCCUGCAGUUCAGCGCCAUGAAAAUGGCUCAUUCUCCCCCAGGACAUCACUCAGUGACUGGGCGGCCCAGUGUGAAUGGAUUGGCAUUGGCCGAGUACGUCAUUUACAGAGGAGAGCAGGCUUAUCCAGAAUACUUGAUUACUUACCAGAUUAUGAAGCCUGAAGCCACCACUGAAGCUUAAGACAAAUUACUUGUGGGAAACCAUCAGACUUUGGAUGCGAAGAUAGCGAUGGCUGCCAUCCCAAUAAUAACAAGUUUUUGUUGAAAAACUUCCCAUUCCCAGGUGGUGUGGUAGCAAAUGUGAACAAAAUAUACCAGUUUUGACUUGAGAAAGCUUUAAUAAUGUACAGUAUGUUUUUCUAAAAUUUCAGAAAUGUCCUCUUUUUCAGCACUUUAACAGAUACCAUUCCAGGCAUAAACUGGGGUUUGGCUGUACUAAAUUAUAAACAAAAAUUAACUUGAAACAAUGGUUUUAUACAAUACUGCAUUAAAACAUAGCAGAAAUUGUAAUGGUCUAUACAGGAACUCAUUUUACUAAUAUUGUGUUCUUUAAAACACUGCAUUUACACUGAAAACAUUUUCAUUUGUAAAACUGUAAAUAAGAGCUUUUGUACUAGCCUGGUAUUUAUUUACAUUGCUUUGUAAUAUAAGUGUUUUAGAACUGCAAUCUUGUACAAAAUGUUCUUUCCAGAUGUUGGUUUGUUCAUCUGUGUUUUCUCAUGCGAGAUAGAUUUGAAAAGUCUUUUUUUUUCAGGUUUUAUCACUUAAUUGUGAGGGAGAAAGCAAAUUUUAUCUGAAGAGGUUUAGAAAUAUCCAACUUUAGAUUGAAUACACAAAUUCUUGUUGUAUUUUUAUUUAUGAAAUAUACAUUCCUGAGAAUGAUGGGCUAUGAAAAUAGAAUGUUCCAGACAAAUACUAAAGUGGUUUUCCACCUACUUCCUAGAGUUGCAUAUUUUAUUUCUGUAAAAUGCCUUUUGAAGUUUUUUAUUUAACUAUAGGUACAGUUAACCAGUAUCCUCACUUCAAGGCUAGUAGACCUUGCAAGUUACAGUUUUAGUAAAUUAUUUUCUUUGAAUGUUGAUGGAAAAUUAACCUCAAGAAGUUUUCUUGAGUUCCUCUUGCUUACAUUUAAGCCAGGAAGUUAAAUAGUUUAUUCCUAAUAUAGGGGCAAACAACUUGGCCUUUUUUUGUAUGCUUUUUUUGGUAGAUUAAUAUACCCAUUGGUGCCCUAAGAAUAUGAGCGUUGCAAGGUGAAAAUGUUAAAAGCCAUCCUCUCAUCUCCUGUGUCUCGUCCAUGUUAACAUUCAAGCUGUGGUUGAAGCAGGUGUGUAGCAGUGUGUUUGUCUGCUUUCAGCUGAGUGGAACUGCUGGGGCUGCACCUUCUGCUUCCAGCUCAGCCAGCUGGGAGGGGAGAAGCAGCUCUGCCACAGCAGCAGCUGCCUUUGGUAGCCCUGGUGAGGCUCCUUGAACAGAGGAGGAGUGCAAAAGGUACAGCCCCUGCCCAGGUGUCAUUCGGGGUUCCUGGCUGCACCCACGCGCUCCGUCAGCGCUGUCAUAGCUCUUGUGUGUGUUCUGCUUUUCUGCCAUCUGCAGUUUUUACCUACGUGUUUCAAAAAUAUGUAAAUACAAAUUAUAAGUUACUUGGGGUUAAAGUGGGUAGGAGUAUGUUUUAGUUGUUUAAUAUUUCUACAUACAGAACACUGUCCCAGAAGACAAUUUGUUUGCAGGGCAUGUUUUCUUACCAUGGUUUUAAAUGUAGUAACUGAUCAAGAUAAUGAAAUCCUCUUGCUGAUGUGGUGGUUAUGUGAUUAUGCUCUAUGUAAAAAUGUAUUGAACCUUACCCAGUUAUGUGAGGAAACUGAAUAAGAUUGCAGAAAUCUUGCAGAAGGUAAUAUUGGCUAUGAAUAAAAAAGGUUUUGAUUUUUAGGUACUUUUCUCCCAGCAUGUUGCCUGUUCCUUAGGUAUAGUAAUGCUGGAAUUUGUGUUCAUGCAAAAUCUGUUAAUUAUGUUUAAAACUUUUUUGUUAUUGCUAAAAUGCUUCAUUCUAUGUGAAUGAUCACCUAAUGUCUUGUAAAAUAUUGUGGUAUGAUAGCAUUUUAAGUGGUACCACAAUGUUGGUUUUGUCUGUUUGGGGAUUUUUUGAGCUUUUUUUUUUUUGCAUGACAUACCUUGCACUCUGAAGAUGGAAGCUGUAAUGAUUUGAUAAUACUGACUGUUGAGGUGAACCUUUAAUCCCUUGUGCAAUUAGUUCUGCUUUACUCAUCUUGAAGUGUCUUUACAUGUACUGUAUGACAUUCCAUAUCCAUUUAACACUAAAUAAAUUUAAUUCACUGGUUUUCUGGUAGCUUGGGAGUAAUUACAGAUGUAGUAUGUUAACCCAUUGUUUUAAAUGUAAGCAUGCACAAUGCUGUAACAAACUGCAUCACUGGAGGCAAAAUUAAUUACAUUAAGUAGAAGAGCUUUUAAUGU